UCCAAAUAGUUUGUUAACUAAAGCAGCAACUAAUACAAAAAAAAUUACAAAUUUCUUUAAAAAAAGUGAUACUCAGGAUAUCAAUCAAAAUACAAUAGAAGAUACUUCAAAUGAUUCAAAAAGUGAUAUCAUUAAUCUAUACACUUAUCAAUUAACUGAAAAAAUAAAAGAUUUGAAAGAACAAUUAGAAAAAUAA